UCCCCUUUACAUUACAGAGGUAAUGCAUACUCAUCCCUCGUUCACUUUAGUUCAUGCUUGGGGAAGCACACCAUUAUGGAGCAGAACCACAAACAAGACGAGCAGAGCGACGUGUUCGCCGGCUUCAACACGGCUUUUAAAUCGUUCGCCACUGAGGCCAUUCAUGUCGGCCAGGAGCCGGAGCAAUGGAAGUCAAUGGCUGUAGUGCCGCCAAUCUCUCUUUCCACCACGUUCAAGCAGAGCGCACCAGGAAACCAUGCCGGGUUUGAGUACAGCCGGAGUGGAAACCCAACAAGGAACUGUCUUGAGAAGGCUGUGGCUGCUCUGGAUGGGGCAAAAUAUUGUCUUGCUCUUGCCUCUGGGCUGGCAGCCACAGUGACCAUCACUCACAUGCUGAAGGCCGGUGAUGGAAUAGUCUGCAUGGAUGACGUGUAUGGAGGCACCAAUCGCUACUUCCAAAGAAUUGCCGCUGAAGUUGGUCUGGAUGUGUCCUUCGCUGACUGUACGAAACCAGAGGUGCUGAAGGCUGCUCUCAAGGAAAACACUAAACUGGUGUGGAUCGAAACGCCCACCAACCCCACGAUGAAAGUUGUUGACAUCAAGGUCUGCUCGGAGUUGGUGCACAAACACAACAAAGACAUAGUGGUGGUCGUAGACAACACCUUCAUGUCUGCCUAUUUCCAGCGCCCCCUGGCUUUGGGGGCUGACAUCUGUAUGUAUUCAGCCACCAAAUACAUGAACGGUCACAGCGAUGUGGUGAUGGGUCUGGUCUCAGUGAACCGGGACGAUCUGUACGAGCGACUGAAGUUUCUGCAAAACGCACUGGGUGGUGUACCAUCUCCCUUUGACUGCUUCCUGUGUAACAGAGGACUGAAGACACUACACCUGCGGAUGGAGCGGCACUUCAAGAACGCCAUGGCUGCUGCCAAGUAUCUGGAGGCCGAUGAAAGAGUGGAGCGCGUAAUUUUCCCAGGCCUGCCCUCUCACCCCCAGCACGAACUGAUGAAGAGACAAUGCACCGGAUGUCCAGGGAUGAUCACCUUCUACAUUAAAGGGAAACUCGAGCAUGCCACCGCCUUCCUCAGUAACCUCAAAAUGUUUGCUGUAGCUGAGAGUCUUGGUGGUUAUGAAAGUUUAGCAGAACAUCCGGCGAUUAUGACUCAUGCAUCAGUGCCAGAAAAAGAGAGGAAAGUUCUGGGCAUCAGCGACACACUGAUCCGACUCUCUGUGGGACUGGAGGAUGAGGCAGACAUCAUCGAAGACCUGGAGCAAGCGCUCGCUGCUGCUCAUCCAAAGAAGAAGUGAAAUGUCUUAAGGACGACCCUCAAGGCUGAGGUUGAAUCAGUCGAGGUUGGGACGACGACUGGAGGUACCCGAAGUCUUGAAUCACCACAGACCACGUGGUACCUUCAGUUCAGCGCACAAACAGCAGAGAUACAGCUAUCAGGGAACAACUUAAAAAUUAUAUAAAUCAUGCUCGCUGUGAAUGAUUAACAUAAUUGUUACACGAGAAUCUUUUUGAUGCCUAUUUUACUAGAACAACAGUUAAUCUUAUUUAUCUUACGCAGGUUUUGCUUUGUUUUUAUGUUUUUAUGUGUUUUAAUUUUGUUUUGUUUGGAGGCUUUAAAGGGGGUAUAGUCCUAUUCAGGCAAGAACACUGAAAUCAUGAAUUUGAAUUGAAUUAACCAUUUCUGCAGGAAAAAACAAUGUUUUCUGUAUAAUGUUGCCGUGUACUUCAAGUUGUGGUCUGAAUCACAAUGCAAAGUUUUAUAUCACUGCCCCAUGUACAUCUGCAGCUGUAAUCUGGAUUUCCUAAUUUUAACAUAGUCUGCUCGGUAAAAGACAUAGACAUGUAUUAAUAAAUUUUAAUUAGACUGUCCAAGCUUACAUCGACAGAGGCAAUGCUGCCACCUACUGUCCAAAAAUAAGUAUUUUCUCUUUUGGUAAAAUAAUUUUGAGGCACUUACGAACCACAAACAUUAAAUAUCUCUGGGUACCAGUGUUAUUUGACUAGAACUUGUCAAAUGUUAUGCUUCAUUAAGUGUAUGCCUUGUAUAAAAGAGGAGAGAAACCUCAAGUUUAAGACUAAUCAAGAUAUUUACCCAUAAAUAGGGAGUGUUUGGUGCUUUAUUUGCAGCAACAUUUCCCAGCAAUGACGAUAUUGAAGGUUUUUUGUAGUAACAACUAAUGGAUGUUACAGAAUAACAUUUGAUGUGUGUUCUUAAACUCAAAAUCAUUUAAAAGUAGAAUAUCUCCCAGGUCAGGACUCACACUCGGCCACCCCUCUUUUUGCUUUUCCCCCUGUAGUCACUCAUCACAUUGCUGCUCAAGCACAUUCUUCAUUCAGGACAGACCGCUCAAGAUCAGUGUCAUUUAUGUAACCGACAAGUCCAUUAAAAUCAGUCUGCAGUACAAGUCUCCGCGUCUCUCGCUUCCUUUCAUCCAUCCCGCUAUACAAACACGGGCAGUGUAAUUGUGAGUUCAGCGUCAGUAACCGUAGCGGGUCGAUACGCCACAUCCAAUUUAGGCUGGAUAGUGGCGGGUUGCACACUGGGGCUCAGCUGAUGGAUCAAAUGAGCUAGUUCCCAUCCUAAUCAGCAAACCAUCAAUAACAUUUCAACAGGAGACUUAAGGUUUCCCUUCUCUCUAGAAGACCAGUUAUCAUCUUUAAAUGUAAAUGUUGUGGUUCACUGGAACUUUAAUUUCUUGUUACCUACAACCAUGUAAUGGAUUUUACACCUCUGAGGAGCUUCAGGAAUCAGCCAUAGCUACCGCCAACACCGCCCCAGAGGACUUUAUGAAAUCUGGCAUGUUCAGUUUGAGCGUAUAGAUUCUGGUGGGGGAGAAGCGGUGGUGUAAAUGGAAACAGGAUGGGGGUUGGGGUGGCUAUGCAUUAAAAGUAGAGGU